AUGCAGUGGGUGUCCCUACUGCUUCUGGCUGGGCUUUGCUCCAUCUCCUGGGCCCAGUAUGAAGAUGACACUCAUUGGUGGUUCCACUACCUCCGAAGCCAGCAGUCAACAUACUACGAUCCCUAUGACCCGUAUGAGCCUUAUGAGCCCUAUCCCUACGGAGUGGAAGAAGGUCCUGCCUAUGCCUAUGGCAGCCAGCCUCCCUCGGACCCCCGUGAUUGCCCCCAAGAAUGUGACUGCCCUCCCACCUUCCCCACUGCUAUGUAUUGUGACAACAGAAACCUCAAGUACCUGCCUUUUGUCCCUUCUCGAAUGAAGUAUGUCUAUUUCCAGAACAACCAGAUUUCAGCCAUCCAGGAUGCCGUCUUUGACAAUGCCACUGGACUGCUCUGGAUCGCUCUCCAUGGCAACCAGAUCACCAGUGAUAAGGUGGGCAGGAAGGUCUUCUCCAAGCUGAAGCACCUAGAGAGGCUGUACCUGGACCACAACAACCUGACCCGGAUGCCUGGCCCCCUGCCCCGAUCCCUGAGAGAGCUCCAUCUCGACCACAACCAAAUCUCCCGAGUCCCCAACAAUGCUCUGGAAGGGCUGGAGAACCUGACAGCCCUGUACCUCCAGCACAAUGAGAUCCAAGAGGUGGGGACUGCAAUGAGGGGCCUCCGAUCUCUGAUCAUGCUGGAUCUGAGUUAUAACCACCUCCGGAGGCUGCCAGAUGGACUGCCUGCAGCCCUGGAACAGCUGUACCUUGAGCACAAUAACGUCUACACCGUUCCAGAUAGUUAUUUCCGGGGGUCACCCAAGUUACUCUACGUGAGACUGUCUCACAAUAGUCUUACCAACAAUGGUCUGUCCACCAAUACCUUCAAUGCCAGCAGCCUCCUUGAACUCGACCUCUCCUACAACCAGCUGCAGAAGAUACCUCCAGUCAAUACCAACCUGGAGAAUCUCUAUCUUCAAGGCAAUCGGAUCAAUGAGUUCUCCAUCAGUAGCUUCUGCACUGUGGUUGAUGUCGUGAACUUCUCCAAGCUCCAGGUGCUGAGACUGGAUGGCAAUGAGAUCCAGCGCAGCGCUGUACCUGUUGAUGCCCCACUUUGCCUUCGCCAGGCCAGCCUCAUUGAGAUCUGA